AUGGUAAAACCAAAUAAUGUAAAAAUAAAAAAUAAAGGAAAUUUAAAGAAAUCAAAUGAAUCACAAAAUGAUUAUAUGAAAGGUAAAAAAUUGGAAACAAAAUCCUAUCAAAAAGCAUUAUUAUCAAAAAAUAGUAACAACAACAAUGAUGGAGCACAAGCAAAACGUUUGAAAAAGAAAGAAGAAUUUAAAAAGAAAUUAGAGAAACGUCAAAACACCAUUGUAAUUAAAGAUAAAUUAAAAGAACCAUCAACAUUUUUAAAAGAGGAUCAAUCAUUUUUCGAUCAAAAUAUAUUCAAUGAUCAAGAUGAUUAUAAACAUCAACAAAUGAAUCGUAUUAAUAUUAAUGAAAAUUUUGAAACCAAUUUAUUCGGUGAUAUGAUGAAUGAAUUUGAUGGUGAUUUAAAUGAAGAUUUAGAUCUAUUAGACUACAAUGACGAAGUAAUUGAUAAUUCAAACUUUGAUAAUAAUGGUGACCAAUUCAAUAGUGAAGAUGAAGAAUUUUAUGAUGAUGAAAAACAAGCUAAAAAAUCAAAUAAAAAUAAAAAUGCAGAUGCAGAUAAUAAAAAAUCAAAAAAAUCAAAUAAAAAAGAAGAAAUUGAAAGUAGUGAAAAGUUUGAAUCAUUUCCAAUGGAUGAAAAUAAUGAACAAGAGGAGGAAACAACUAGUAAAAAGAAAAAGAAGACUGGUGGUUUCCAAUCGAUGGAUUUAACAAAGAAUUUAUUGAAAGCAAUUUUAAAGAAGGGUUUUAAUGUACCAACACCAAUUCAACGUAAAUCAAUUCCAAUGAUUUUGGAUGGUCAUGAUAUUGUUGGUAUGGCAAGAACUGGUUCUGGUAAAACUGGUGCAUUUGUAAUUCCAAUGAUUCAAAAGUUGGGUGACCAUUCAACAACCGUUGGUGUUAGAGCAGUUAUUCUUUCACCAACUCGUGAGUUGGCAAUUCAAACAUUCAAAGUUGUUAAAGACUUUUCACAAGGCACUCAAUUACGUACCAUUUUAAUCGUUGGUGGUGAUAGUAUGGAAGAUCAAUUCACAGAUUUGGCUCGUAAUCCUGAUAUUAUCAUUGCCACACCAGGUCGUUUAAUGCAUCAUCUCUUAGAGACUGGUAUGUCAUUAUCAAAGGUACAAUACAUUGUUUUCGAUGAAGCUGAUCGUUUAUUUGAAAUGGGUUUCAAUGAACAACUCACAGAAAUUCUAUCAAAACUUAGUGAAAAUCGUCAAACACUUUUAUUCUCUGCAACUUUACCAUCACUAUUGGUAGAUUUCGUUAGAGCUGGUUUAAAUAAUCCAAAAUUGAUAAAUUUAGAUACAGAUACUAAAAUUAGUGAAAACCUUUCAUUAUCUUUCUUUACUUUACGUCAUGAAGAAAAAUUAGGUGUUUUAUUAUUCCUCUUAAAAGAUAUAAUUUAUAAAAAACCACAAUUACCAACAACAGAAACAACAACAACAACAACAACAAAUAAUGAAUCAAAUCAACAACAACAAAAGAAAUCAUCAACAAUUAUAUUUGUAUCAACAAAAUAUCAUGUCGAAUUUAUUCAUAUUUUAUUAGAACGUGCUGGUAUUGCAUCGACUUAUAUUCAUGGUUAUUUGGAUCCAGUUGCAAGAAAGAUUAAUUUAGCAAAGUUUCGUUCACAUCAAGUUGGUGUUAUGGUUGUAACAGAUUUAGCAGCACGUGGUAUUGAUAUUCCAUUAUUGGAUAAUGUUAUCAAUUUCGAUUUUCCACCAAAAGAAAAGAUUUUCAUUCAUAGGGUUGGUCGUGUUGCUAGAGCUGGAAGAUCAGGUAUUGCCUAUUCAUUGGUAUCACCUGAUGAGGUUCCCUAUAUGAUUGAUUUACAUCUUUAUUUGGGUAGAAAGUUUUUAAAUAAAUUCCAAUAUGAAGGUCAAACAAUCAAUGAUCCAAAAUACUCUUUCUAUGGUACAAUUCCACAAACAAUCAUUGAUCGUGAAACUGAAUUUGUAAAUGUUCAACGUAAAGAAUGUAUAGAGUUACUUAGUCUCACCAAAACAAUUCACAAUGCUCACAAGAAAUAUUUAUCAACUCGUCCUGGUGCCUCUCAUGAAUCAAAUAGACGUGCCAAGCUAAUGGAUAAAUCAAAAUAUCAUCCAAUGUUAAGUGAUCAUUUGAAUUCAAACGAUCAAAUUAGAAAUGAUUUCAUUCAAUCUUUGAAAUCAUUUAGACCACCACAAACCGUUUUGGAAUUGGAUGCUAGAAAAAAUAAUGUUCAAGUUUCAAUCAUGAAAGAUAAAAGAAAAGUUCAUACAAACGUUAUCGAAUCUCAACAAAAGAAAUUAUAUCUUCAACAAUCUGAAACAAAUUUAGGUCCUGAAAAUGAAGAAUUUGAUUAUUCAAAAUUAGAUACAAGAAAAAGAUUAUUACAAUUAACUGAAAAUAUUACUGAAGAAAUGUUAAGAAGUAAUAAAUCAAAUGAUAAUAAUGAUAAUAAUAAAGAUAUUAAAAUGAAUGAAAAUGAUGAUGAAAAUGAUGAUGAUGAUGAAGAAGGUGAAAAUGAUGAUGAUGAAGAAGAGGAAAAUGAAAAAGAUGAGGAUGAUGAAGAAGAUGAAAAUAAAAAUAAAUUUAAUAUUAAAAUUGAAUCAUCAGAUAAAAAUGAUAAUAAUAAAAAGAAAUUAAAAUCAAGAUCAUCAUCAAGAGAUCCAAAUUUCUUUAUUUCAGCAACACCAGAAAAUUUAAUUCAAGAGAGAGCAAUGUCAAUUUCAAAUAGAUUCACUAAAGAUGAUGAAGUUAAUUUAGUAGCCGAUACUGAUAGAAAACAAAAGAAAUCAAUGGUUUGGGAUAAGAGAAAAGGUAAAUUCGUUAGUAGUCAAGCCGAUGCUGAUAGAAAGAAUUCAAAGAAAUUGGUUCGUAAUGAAGCUGGUAAAUUGGUUGAAGCUAAAAAGAGUCAUAAAGGUUACGAAGAAUGGAAAAAGAAAACUCAUGGUAGAAUUCAAAGAGUUGGUGAAGAUGAAAACUCUAAAUAUCAACCAAAUCAAAAAGAAUAUCUUCCACAAAAAUGGAGAGGACAAGGUAGAGAGAAAGAAAAGAAAGAUAAUAAAGCUUCCCAUGCUAAAGGUUCUCAUGGACUUAAAGGUAGACCAAGUGAACUUAAAGAUAAAAAUCAAAUUUCAAAGAAUCGUUCAGAGAAAGAGAGAAAGAUGAGAGUAAACAAAACAAAAGGUAAUCCAAAAGGUUCAAAAUCUAAAUCAGGCGGUGGUGGUGGUGGUAAAGGUUCCAAAUUUGGUUCUGGAAAAUCAAAAGGUGGAAAAAGUCGUAAAUAA